ACUCGUUAUAAAAUUUAUUUAAUCGUAUUUAAUUAAUUUGUAUUUUUAAAUAGUCUUGAUCAAAUAUAAAAUGUCGAUUGAUUUGUACUCGUUCAAUAAGAGCAACUAUUGCCGUGCGGUACUUAUGACCGCCAAACAUUUGGACAUUGAUCUGAACGUGAUUGAAAUCAACCCUGGUCCCGAGAUAUGGAGCGCACAAUUUCUCAAAGUAAACCCAAAUCACAAUCUGCCGACUCUAGACGACAAGAAGUUUGUUUUAAUGAAAAGCCAAGCAAUAAUGCAAUACCUGUGCAAUCAGUACCGGCCGGACAGCACUCUAUACCCGCGCGAGCCUAAGGCCCGGGCGCUUGUCGACCGGUGGCUUAACUUUGAUAUCACACUAAUGGAGUCAUCCAAACAAGGUGUGUUGUGGAAACUGUUGACGGGUGCGGACCCACCGGCCGAGAAAGUGCUGGCAUUUAAACACAAUUUGAAACUGUUUGACCAGUUGUUGGGCGACAAUCAUUACGCCACCGGUGCUCAGCACUUGACUUUCGCCGAUCUGUCACUAUUGGCCACAACGUCUAUACUGUUGGCCAUACAAUACGAUCUGAGCGACUGUCCAAACGUCGAGCGCUACCUAAACACCCUGUCCCAGGAGUUACCAUAUUUUGCCUCAAUCAACCUAGAUCCAUUUACUCCCGAAAGCACCACCGAGUGGGCGGCCAGUAGUCAGAAGUAUAUCAAACAGAAAAUGCAAUAA